ACAGCUGAUCUGUGUGCCGAAACACAACCAAAACACACGCAUACACGCAGCGCGAGAAAGACGAAAAUUAAUCGACACUUGCACCCUCCAGCCCAACAACAACGCACAGCUUAACUUCGCCCUCAGCCGAAACAACAGCAACAUAUGCAGCUCGCAACGCCUCCUCUACCCGUUGCUGCUGCGGUGCUGCUGGCCCUGCUGGUUCCAUUUCACUUAGUGCAGUGUUGGGUCGUUCGGGGCUCAGUUUCGUGUCGCUCGUCUCACUCUCGCUCUCCGUGCUCCAUCGGUUACGCCACUCGCGGUAACUGUGUGUGAACCCCAUCCAUACUGCGUUUGUGCUCCGUCGCGCAUCCGCGGUUCUGUGUUUGCGGGAAAUCGCGAGAAGAUCGCUGUGCCCAGUCCGCGAUCUUUCCUCCCGCGCGCGCGCCAGUGUGGCUAAGGUUAUCAAUGUCGUCGUGGUCGUGGCCGUCGUCAUCAACCUGAAAGUGUAUGUGCGCCUGUUGCGUCCGGAAGGGGAUCCCACAUCGUGUGUCAGUAUUGCGCGGAUCGGUCGCGUUUCCGUGAGUCUGUGAAUGCUGGUGCGGGAAAAUACGCACUCCUCGAUCGCUCCAAACGUUUCCCUCGUUGCUGCAAUCGGGAGUGAAGCGAACGAAACGAUAAAGAACAUAAUCGAAUGUUCCACGCGAAUGUUUGGUAUCGCGUCUGGUGCUGCUGCUGCUAUCUCUCGCCCUCCGUCAUCGGAGUCGUCAUCGGCGAGUGGGUACGGGCCCCUUGGCAGAACAUCGAGCAGCCUCUCUUUCGGACGUUGUCUCACUACUCUCUGGGAACUUUCCAUAGGGCACGCUUUGCUACUGCUAAGCGCAUCCGUACUUUAAGGCAUCUUCUCCCGCUGGCAUGCCGUGCAGGAAGUUAGUUAGCUGAUUUCCGUCUUUACAGUACAGUGCGUUCGUGUGUGUGUUUGUGUAUGUGGGGCUGUGCAGUGUGGCCAGAGAAAAGAGAUAGUGGCGACACGCGACACCAACGGCGCACAGUGUGUUCGCGGACGCGCACCCGAGAGAUUAGAGCUGGUUUGGGUUUUCACCUCAGCAGCCUCAGAGCGCCAGAAUGGCCGAAUGGAGAAAGUCCUUCGGUUACAUUACUUGCAUUUUGGCGUGCAUGUGUACGCGCUAGAUCAUCCAGCAGUAGUAGGUCAUGCCAUGUCGGGCAGUGAAGAACAAUAAGCGUGUGUGUGCGACCUUCCCGAACCAAACGGGAGAACCACAGUGCAGUGCAAUUGAUCUGUGAUAAAGUGUGAAAUUACCCGCAGGACUACAAUCACCCUGCCUUCCUGUUCGUCCUGUUUUGUAAUUUCACUCGCUCCGUUUGUGUGUGUGUGUGCGGUUUGACGUCAUUGAAAAGAAAUUUGAUCAUCAUCUUCUCGGUGGAGAGCAGUUUGUUUUGCUGCGGAUUUGCGCUUCAUCAAUGUCGUCAUCGAAGUAACAGUUGAGUGUGUGUAUCUAUGUGUCUGUGUGCGUGUCCGUGCCCGUGAACCUUCGCGCAGCGUGUUUGUAAGUGUGUGUGUGUUAGUAGAAUUGUUUUGAUUUUAACAACAGCUCCGAGUCAAACGUAGUUUGCCACAAAUCCGGGUCUACCAUCGUCGUGGCCAGUGUGUGUGUGCGUGUUGAGUGCGAGUGUUUCUGUGUGUUUGUAACGAAAUCGGUGUGCUUAAAAUUGGCCGAUUGCAAUGACGCCCGGACCAACAACCAAGAUGGAUCGAUCGAUGCUGACGGGUGGUGGGGGUGGCGUCGGAUCGACCACCGGCACCGAGGAGCGGAAACGGUGCGGCGAAACGAUCCACUCGGGCCAGUUCAUGGUGUCACACUUCGAAACGGAAGGCGCCGAAGACGAUGAUGACGAUCUGGGGAUGCAGAUGGAGGAAGUGAAACCGACGGAUCUCAUAACAACCGACAGUGCCAGCGUAAUACGACCGGUGUCCGUCUCCGGUGGCCUUUCGGACGGGGCGUCCGUCGUCAGUGGGGCCGGUGCGCUUGCACCGAUGGCCAGCAUCGGUUCGACCGAACCCCAGAACCAGCUGGCCCGGUAUGUGCCGAAGCAUGGCGGCAGUCGGUCCACGGUUUCGCAGGUCGAGAUCGAUACCGACCUUUCCACCGUGUUCAAUACGCUCAACGUGACGUACACGCAAAAGCUAACGUCGCCCAAAUGGAACCCCUUCAAAGGCAUCCGGUUGCGCUGGAAGGAGAAGAUCCGCCUGAACAAUGUUAUCUGGCGCUGCUGGCAUAUGCAAUUUAUCAUGAAACGGAAAACUCUAGUCUGUCAGUUUGCUUCCCCUCUAGACGUAGACGUGCACAAUACACCGCAGGCCAUCUUACUUGAAGGAAAGUACUGGAAGCGAAAAUGCAACGUAAUCAAGGCGGAGUAUAAAAAAUGGCGACGGUUUAACGUAAACAGAGCACUAGGUGCGACCAACAUUGUUGAUACGACUAGCGAAUUAGACUUCUUGGAGUGGUCCCCGAUCAGCAAUGAUAUAUUUAUGAUUACCGAUAAUAUGCCCACGGAUACGCUGUUCUCCACACUUGCCCAGUAUCCGUUUCCCGAUUCUCGAGAGAUAGCUCGUGGCGCGGGUCGGGCCGACUUCAUACAGCCCAGCUUGGGCCCCCUGCAGCCAAAUCUAGAUGAUUUAAUGGAUUUGGACCUAGACUUUCUGAACUUCCCACGACUUGCCCCCGUACCGGAAGAAGCGUCAGACGAUCUGCUGAAAGCAAUCGAAUACAACUACACACUCGGGUCCAACCAACUAACCAACGCUGGUAAUAGCAUACAGGAAGCGCCGGAGACACUGGGCGUCUCCGGCAACCAUCAGCAGACGAGCCAAGCGCAUCAAGCGACCGGCUGCAUACAGCAGCAACCACCGGCCGCCCUACAGUACUCGGCCAAACUGUACGCCCAAUCGUUGCAACCCCCGGGCGGUGGAUCGUCCGCUUCGAUCUCUUCUGCUGCAGUGCAAUCCUCCAUUGCGCAACAGUUUACCAACUCGAUUGACUCGUACAUCACCGAUCAGAUGAUCGGAGGUGCCGGGCAGAAUAGCAACAGUCAGGGUUCGGCAGCGUCGCUAGCUACUUCGCUCAGCAUAGCACAGGUGAUAUCGGCCCAGCAGCAGCAGCAGCAACAGCAGCAACAGCAGCAUCAAUUGGGUGGCGGAAGCAGUGCCGACGAGCUGGCCCGUAGCAUUAAGUCCAAGUUUACCCGUGCGUACCCCAAACACAACUACGACCCAAAAUACCCACCGACGCCCCACCAGACGAUGGCGUACAAUAUGGUCUCGCAACCGCACAUGGGCCAAACGGCUGGCAGCAAUGCGGUGCUCGGUGCUACGGCUAGUGGCGGUCCCUAUGGAAGCAACGCUUCCAGUGGCUUCCAGAAUGUCAUUUCCUCCGCCGCCACGGCGCCUUCCGGCAUGCUGCAGAUGGGCUCGGGUGGUAUUCCGCCAUCCUUAACGCCCAGCAGUAUGCAGCUACACUACAACCAUUCCAACGCUGCCCCCAAUCCGGUCAAUCUCUCCAACAGCCCGGCAGGGACGAACAUGGUCGGUGGUGCUGGUGGUGGUGGCAGUAGUAACGUACGAGCACCCACCCAGAUGGGUACCGCACCGACCUCCGGUCAGUCGAACGUGGCUGCCGGAUCGGUCCUGCUGAUGCAAAACCUCAACUCCAAACUGCUGACGCACAGCCAAUCGCUACCGGUGCCGGCAUUGCCGCAAACCAAGCAGGUCCCAGCGCAGCCCCGCUCCACCUCCAUGCCGACUGGGCCGUCAAACUACAACCAAAUGUUGGCCGCAUCGCAACACUCACCUCCCGGCAGCCUGCAUGCGUCGCAGUCGGGCAGUAGCUACAAGUCGUACCACGGGCAUCAGCCCCAGCCGUACAAGAUUCCUUCCCAAACGGUCGGUGCCGGUGGUUCGUACGCGAGUGGUGUGCGGGCAAUGCGUCACUCGUCUCCGCCCCACGGCACGGUCCUACAGCCGACCUCGGGCUCGUCCGGAGCGUCGUCGGGCAUCGGAAGCUCGGGCGGUGGUGCACCGGUUGGACUGUCGAACGCGCUGGAGCAAUCGCAACAGCAGCUGCAGGAUCUGCAGCUCCAGCAACAGCAGCAGCAGCAGCAGCAAUCGAUCGUUUCUACGUCGUCCAGCAUCGUGCAGCAGCAGCAGCAACAAACGCAAGCGAAACGGCACCCGCCCCAUCCCACCAAAGAGAUGUUCCGCUCGAACAGUCUACCCAUUAAUGCAACCUUCCCGUUGCCACCGAAAGAGGGGGAUAAUUUCGCGAUGCCUCGCUACCAUCAGCAGCAGCAGUCGUCGCAGAAGGCGAACGCGAAGCUGCGCACACGCAGUAACUCGAUGAUCAUGAAGCAGCAAACGACGGGUGUCCUUAACAGCAUCCCCGGCAUGGGGAUGGUGGGAUCCGGCAGUGCGGCUGGCGGCAUGGCUGGUUCGUCGCAGCACAUGACGCCGACGCUGCACGCCACCUCCAGCGAGCCGAUGCUGAACGUUACCAACAGUGCGCUGCUAGCUCAACUUCUAACCACUAAUAACGCAAGUACCUUACUGAGUAAACAAUCACACAGUACAUCAUCAAGUGCCAUAAGUACCUUAACGCAGCAGCAGUCUCAGUCGCAGCCGCAACAGCAACAGCAGAACAGUCUGUACCAGACGAUGUCUAUGGGAAGCACUAUUUCACCCUCUUCCUCCCAGCUUCAGUUGCACCAACUGCAACAGCAGCAGCAUCAACAGCAGCAACUUCACCAUCAGCUGUCCAGUGCAACACCCAGCACCUCUAGCGGCGGCACGAUGAGAGCCCAAGCGAGCUCCGUGCUGAAUUUUGCCUCCUCCAGUGGUAUGUCGCUGUCGCAGCAGAGCCUAUCGCCCGAAUCUGCACACGAUACCGACGGUCCACUGUCGCCGACUGGGCCGGGCGGCAGCACCAGUGGCGGGGCAGGUAGCAAGUUCCCCCGUAGCGACAGCCAGCGUCGGACGGGGCACAUUCACGCGGAACAGAAGCGCCGGUACAACAUAAAGAAUGGGUUCGAUACGCUCCACUCGCUGAUACCGCAGCUGCAACAGAAUCCGAAUGCAAAGCUAAGCAAGGCGGCCAUGUUACAGAAGGGGGCCGACUACAUUAAGCAGCUGCGCUCGGAGCGAUCGUCCGCCACCGAGCAGAUGGAUUCGUUGCGCCGGGAGAUUGAACAGUUGAAUAAUUCAUUGAACAAUCUUCAUACUGCACUGCCGGCCAGUGGGGCACCCGUUUCCCGCCAGCGAACCGGCCGGGUGAAGGAGCUGUACCACCACUACGUCCGGCAGCGAACGCUGGAUAACUGGAAAUUCUGGAUCUUUGGGCUGAUCUUUGAGCCGCUGCUGAAUUCCUACAACCAGACGGUUUCCGUCGCCAGUAUGGAUGAGAUGUAUCGCACCAGCCAGCUGUGGGUCGAUCAGCACUGUUCGCUGGUAGAGCUAAGGCCUGCCGUUUCCAAUCAACUGCGCCAACUGUCUACGACCACCGACGUGCUGUCGGAUCCUCCCAGCUCGCUGCAGGAGGAGGUACUUAAGGCGAUCUCCAACUCGAGCAGUAACUGUCUCGCCCCAAGAGGCUCCGGCAAGGGGGGCAGCCGCGGAGGAAGCAGCACCGAAACUAGCCCUCAUAGGUCGUAAUAAUCGUUAGCGGUGGCGGCGAUGAGCCGUUCGUUGUGUUUAUGACGAGGUUUUUAAUUCGUUCUUUUUCUUAAGACUUUUCUCUGUUCUUUCAACUAUUUACUAAUCAGCUAUCUAUUUGCUUACGACAAACGGUUUUGUUAAACAUUGGACAAAAGAUCGGAAGGAAACGAAAGAAGAAAAGGCUAGUAGGGGUUUAACUUUGGUUUACAAUUAUAGUAAGAGUUUAAAAGGGCAGCACACAACAGAACCCAAUUGAAAUAGCGCAAAUGUUCGGAUACAGAUUUCCAUCUUCCAGCCUUUUUUGACGCUCAAAUAGGGAAGAAAACGCUUGUGAAUAUCAAUUCACCUCAUACAAACAAACAACCAAUAGUGCCUUUUUCUACCCGGCUCAGUUUUCUUUCCUUUUUUAAGACAAGGCAAGACAGUGAUCAUCCCCUCUUUCCCCGGUGAAAUGAAUCGAGUGAUUAAGAUCAGGAUUUUUUUUUUGAAUUGCUAAGCAAAAUGACGUUACCAUAAUCUCAGUGUGAGGGACAAGGUUGCACACACUACAGCUUUGCUGGGGAUGGGGAUGGGGGAAAGCCUUUUUUCACAGAACCCAUUUUCGGACCAUGUUUCCGUUUAGGUUCAGUUACACUAUUUUGCUUCAUCGUUAUUGGCUAGUUGUCUUUUUUUUUGUUUGUUGUAUGAAGUAAGUCUCUUCGUAUUGGUGUGUGUGCCGCAGUUGCACCAAUGCUGUUAGCUUCUUUUUCUACGUUUACUUUAAGCCCGUCGUCGUUAAUUUGUCUCUAAGCAGAUUAAGUUUUCUCUUUUGCUACCCAAUUUACGUUAAGUGUGUUUGACUUAUGUGUGUGUGAGAGUGUGAGUGUAGGCGUCGGUUUAACACCACGAACGAUACGAGAGGAAUGGAAGCAAACAAAGUGUACGUUUUUUGUUGUAAGUAUGACAUGCGUUAAGGUAUAUUUGUUAAUCUAUUUUUUUAAUAGCUUUAGCAACGGCGUUAGUUAGAAGUUUAGAGAUUUAUUUGAGAGAGAAAAAAGAGAAAGAUGAAAAAUAUGUCUCUUCCUAUCGAGAAAAGUACGUAAUGUAGCGAAUAGCCUUGUGACAGUGACGGAAGAGAUGUGAAUGUUUUUAUGCAGAGGCCAGUGCAAGGUUGUGUGUGUAGCUGAAUCGGCCCAUUCUGCAUGCAGAACAGCACCCAUAAUAGGAGGAAAAGCACAAUGUAUGGCAUGGUAGGGAAUAGCUAAUGCAUAAGAGCAGCUCGAGUAAAGUACAACUGAAAAGGAAGACAGGGAGCAACAGAAACAGCUUUGUCGCCAUUGGCAGGGUAUUGAUCAAACGCAUUAAAAAGCGAAUAAUCGGGAGGGCGGUGGGGGGAGACGGUUUUGUUCGCUUUUAUUGUAACAAAGCUGGCGUCGUGUUGUGCGCAACACCACCAACCACACGCCCUCAAAGCAAGCCGCA